GUGACAUUUUAUGAUUGCUUUCUGCUCGUCUGAAUAAAGGGUGAGCCCAGGGCCUGCUGCCCACUGUCUGCUCUGAUGACCCUCUCUCCCCUGCAGAUUCGAGUGAUGGUGGACCUGUGCAACAGCACCAAGGGCAUCUGCCUCACAGGACCUCCUGGACCACCAGGACCUCCAGGAGCUGGCGGGUUGCCAGGACACAAUGGAUCGGACGGACAGCCUGGUCCUCAGGGCCCAAAAGGAGAAAAAGGAGCAAAUGGAAAAAGAGGAAAAAUGGGGAUACCUGGAGCUGCAGGAAAUCCAGGGGAAAGGGGAGAAAAGGGAGACCAUGGUGAACUGGGCCUGCAGGGAAAUGAGGGCCCACCAGGGCAGAAGGGAGAAAAGGGUGACAAAGGAGAUGUGUCCAACGAUGUGCUCCUGGCAGGUGCCAAAGGUGACCAAGGCCCACCCGGUCCACCUGGGCCCCCAGGCCCUCCAGGUCCUCCAGGCCCCCCUGGAAGCAGAAGAGCCAAAGGCCCUCGGCAGCCAAACAUGUUCAACGGCCAGUGCCCAGGUGAGACCUGUGCCAUACCAAAUGAUGAUACCUUGGUUGGAAAAGCUGAUGAGAAAGCCAGUGAACACUAUUCCCCACAAGCAGAAUCUAUGAUCACUUCCAUUGGAAACCCAGUGCAAGUGCUGAAAGUGACAGAGACAUUUGGGACUUGGAUAAGAGAGUCUGCUAACAAGAGCGAUGACCGGAUUUGGGUGACGGAGCAUUUUUCAGGCAUCAUGGUGAAGGAAUUCAAGGACCAGCACUCACUUCUGAAUGGCAGUUACACGUUCAUCCACCUUCCGUAUUAUUUCCAUGGCUGUGGGCACGUGGUUUACAACAACUCUCUCUACUACCACAAAGGGGGUUCCAACACCAUAGUGAGAUUUGAAUUUGGCAAGGAAACAUCCCAAACUCUGAAGCUUGAAAAUGCCUUGUAUUUUGAUCGAAAAUACCUUUUUGCAAAUUCCAAGACUUACUUCAAUCUAGCUGUAGAUGAAAAGGGCCUUUGGAUUAUCUAUGCGUCAAGUGUGGACGGCUCAAACAUUCUUGUAGCACAGCUGGAUGAGAGGACAUUCUCAGUGGUGCAGCACAUCAAUACCACGUACCCCAAAUCCAAAGCCGGCAACGCCUUCAUUGCCCGAGGAAUCCUCUAUGUCACAGACACCAAAGAUCUGAGGGUCACAUUUGCCUUUGAUUUGUUAGGAGGGAAACAGAUCAAUGCAAACUUUGAUUUAAGAACUUCCCAGUCUGUUCUUGCCAUGUUAGCAUACAACAUGAGAGAUCAGCAUUUAUAUUCGUGGGAAGACGGCCAUUUAAUGCUUUAUCCUGUGCAGUUUUUGUCAACUACCUUAAAUGAGUGAUGUGCUGCAUUCUGCUCCCUUCAGCAAAUUUCAGGUGUUUUCUGGGACCAGUUCUCUGCCAACAGGAAACUUGUUUUUUUUUAACGGCAGCCAGAUAUUUAGAACAUAACCUCAUGACAUAAGUGUUUAAAUGGUCAGUGAGCCCCUCUUAGUGAAAUAGCAACAGAUUGGAAGUUGAAAUGGCUGAAAUGUGGUGAUCUCGCCACAACUGGCUCUGCAAGUUACCUCCUUCUCCUUGGGCCUUAGUUUCCCCAUUGGUAAUCUGAACCAUCUGGCUAAGAUGAUUGGGAAGAUUUUCUCCACCUGUAGGAAAUUUGGUGAUUCUUGGCGGCUUCUCUUCUCACAACUUUUAUGUAUCUGCUUCUGUUGUUUAGCUGUUUUAGCCACAUGCUGACCAAAUUUCCCUUUGAGUUGAGAAGUCCAGUGGCUUGAGUAGUGAAUCCCUCAGUGCUGACUUAGAUCUGGUUCUUUGAAAAGGUGCAUUAACUCUUUAAGACAUCUAAAGUAUCACAUUAUCCAUAAUUUAUUGCUUUUCUUUGCAUCUGCACCUGCCACCACAGAAUAACCAUUACCCUCAGCUGCUGACUGGGCAGCUCUGAGAUUAGCAAAAGCCAGGGACAGCUACAUGUUCAGGGUUUUUUUUUUUCUCAAUAAGCUAUUUUUUUUUUCUUUUCUUGUUUUAAAUAGAGAGUCUUGCUAUGUUUCUCAGGCUGGUCUUGAACUCCUGGGGCUCAAGUGAUCC